AUGUCUCUGUCCAACAUUCUUGAAGAAGAAAUGUACGUUGGUUUCUCAGCAGCUACAGGCAAUCUUUAUGAUGAGAAUUACAUAGCUGCCUGGAGCUUUACUACAAACGGAGACGCCUCGUUCAAAUCUUUGGAGCUAUGUGUUCCCAUUACACAGAGAAAAUCCAAGAGCUCAAAUUCCAGAUUGAUAGCUGGCAUUACCACGGCUUGCGUCCUUCUCCUCCUGGUGGUGGUGGCAGCAUUGCUUGUGCGGUUGAAGAGAAAGCAGUACAGAGAUAUUAUUGAAGAAUGGGAGAUGGAGUACUGGCCUCACAGAUCUAAGUACAAAGACCUACAUAUUGCAACAAGGGGUUUCGGAGAGGAUGGACUUUUGGGAUCCGGAGGCUUCGGUCGAGUCUACAGAGGAGUAUUGCCCACAAACAGCCUCCAAGUAGCGGUGAAAUGUAUCCUUAGAGAAACCGAGGAAGGGAUAAAGGAAUUCAUAGCAGAGAUCUCCAGUCUUGGUCGCCUUCAACAUCGAAAUCUUGUGCAGAUUAGAAGCUUCUGCAGGCGAGUAAAGCAGCUAUUCAUAGUUUAUGACUACAUGCCAAAUGGGAGCCUAAACAAGAAGAUAUUUGGAAAGCCAAAAAUGGUGUUUGAAUGGGUUCACAGGUACAAAGUCCUGAAAGAUGUCGCUGCGGGUUUGCUGUAUCUUCACGAAGAAUGGGAGCAACGUGUAGUGCACAGAGACAUCAAGUCGAGCAACGUUUUGCUGGACGCAGAGCUCAAUGGAAAGCUUGGAGAUUUCGGGCUUGCGCGUCUAUACGAGCAUAACAAAAACUCACAUACUACUCGUGUGGUGUCUACAAUGGGAACGCUGGGGUAUAUUGUACCAGAGCUGAUACACACUGGAAAAGCCAGCGCAGUUCCAGCCACAGAUGUGUUCAGCUUUGGUAUUUUUCUGUUGGAGGUUGCUUGCGGAAGGAAACCUGUUGAGCCCUCUCUCCAGCCUGAACAAAUGAUUAUGGUUGACUGGGUGAGAGAGCUGUAUGCUGCGGGAACUCUCAUGGAUGCAGCAGACCCGAAUCUUGGUGGGCAAUAUGUGGAAAGUGAGAUGGAGAGAGUGCUCAAACUGGGGCUGCUCUGUUCUAACCCACAGCCAGAAGGUAGGAUCAGCAUGAGACAAGCUCUGCAAAUACUUGAGGAAGAAGCUCCAAUACCAGGUUUUGAUGCUACGUUUCAUUUGGAGAUUAAUGAGCCCACCAGUACUUUGAAGUCUCCUCCAAAUUCCAUUUCCAUCUCUCUUGAAGGACGAUAG